AUGGGCUGGAUUGGCAUUGGGGCUGGGGGUGGCACCAGGCUGCCCAAAGCUGGUGGUGGCAUCCCUGGGGACAGCGUCACCCUCCUGCCACCCCAGGGCUGGAUGUGGUCCCCAAGGCGGCGCUGGUGCUGCUCCCGGGGGGGCGGACAUGGGGACACGGGGAUGGGGAUGAGCCCUGUCCUCCUCUCACUGGCCACCGUCCGUGCCCACAGGCUCUUCAAGGAGCAGAACGAGGACCUGGCGGACCACGUCCCCAAGGAGCGGGAGGCGUUGCUGGAGCGGGAGUUCCAGCGGGUCACCAUCUCCGGGGAGGAGAAAUGUGGGGUGCCCUUCACGGACCUUCUGGAUGCGGCCAAGAGUGUGGUGAAGGCGUUGUUCCUGCGGGAGAAGUACAUGGGGUUGUCCCUGCAGAGCUUCUGCAAAACCACGGCCCGGUACCUGCAGGACCUCUCCGAGAAACCCCUGGAGACCCGUGGCUAUGAGGAGGUGCCCGAGACCCCCGUGGCCGGGGAUCUGGGCUUUGGGCUGAAGAUGGUGGACGGCGUGGUGCACGUCUACACCAAGCAGGACGUCACCGACAAGAGCACAGAGCUGGACCUGCUGUGCCCCGACCUGCAGGAGUUCAUUGCCGACAUGAAUUUCCUCAUGGCUUUGAUCAUCAAUGGGCCCAUCAAAUCCUUCUGCUACCGCCGGCUGCAGUACCUGAGCUCCAAGUUCCAGAUGCACGUGCUGCUCAACGAGAUGAAGGAGCUGGCGGCCCAGAAGAAGGUGCCCCACCGUGACUUCUACAACAUCCGCAAGGUGGACACCCACAUCCAUGCCUCGUCCUGCAUGAACCAGAAGCACCUCCUGCGCUUCAUCAAGCGGGCCAUGAAGAAACACCUGGAUGAAAUCGUCCACGUGGAGAAGGGCAAGGAGCAGACGCUCAAGGAGGUCUUCGAGACGAUGAACCUCACUGCCUACGACCUGAGCGUGGACACGCUGGAUGUCCACGCGGACCGCAACACCUUCCACCGCUUCGACAAGUUCAAUGCCAAGUACAACCCCAUCGGCGAGUCCAUCCUGCGGGAGAUCUUCAUCAAGACAGACAACCGCGUCUCGGGGAAGUACUUUGCCCACAUCAUCAAGGAGGUGAUGUCCGACCUGGAGGAGAGCAAGUACCAAAAUGCUGAGCUGCGUCUCUCCAUCUACGGCCGUUCCCGGGACGAGUGGGACAAGCUGGCCCGCUGGGCCGUCAACCACCGCGUCCACUCCAACAACGUCCGCUGGCUCGUGCAGGUGCCCCGGCUCUUUGAUGUUUACCGGACGAAGAAGCAGUUGGCCAACUUCCAGGAGAUGCUGGAGAACAUCUUCCUGCCCCUCUACGAGGCCACCGUCCACCCUGCCCAACACCCAGAGCUGCACCUCUUCCUGGAGCACGUGGAUGGCUUUGACAGCGUGGAUGAUGAAUCCAAACCAGAGCAUCACAUCUUCAACCUGGACAGCCCUUUGCCGGGAAACUGGGUGGAGGAGGAUAACCCCCCCUACUCCUACUACCUGUACUACAUGUACGCCAACAUGACAGUGCUCAACCAUCUCCGACGGAAGCGAGGCUUCCACACCUUCGUCCUCCGCCCACACUGUGGUGAGGCCGGCCCCAUCCACCACCUCGUCUCGGGCUUCAUGGUCUCGGAAAACAUCUCCCAUGGCUUGCUGCUCCGCAAGGCCCCUGUCCUGCAGUACCUCUACUACCUGGCGCAGAUUGGUAUCGCCAUGUCCCCGCUGAGCAACAACAGCCUCUUCCUCAGUUACCACCGCAACCCCCUGCCCGAGUACCUCUCGCGGGGGCUCAUGGUCUCCCUCUCCACUGACGACCCCCUCCAGUUCCACUUCACCAAGGAGCCGCUGAUGGAGGAGUACAGCAUCGCCACCCAGGUCUGGAAGCUCAGCUCCUGUGACAUGUGCGAGCUGGCCCGCAACAGCGUCCUGAUGAGCGGCUUCUCCCACAAGGUGAAGAGCUGCUGGCUGGGUCCCCACUACCUGAAGGAGGGUCCGGAGGGGAACGACAUCCGUCGCACCAAUGUCCCCGACAUCCGUGUGAGCUACCGCUUCGAGACGCUGUGCCAGGAGCUGACCCUCAUCACGCAGGCGGUGCAGACCGAGGAGCUGGAGACCAUCCAGGAGGAGGACGCUCUCACCAUCACCUCCACCCUGGGCACCCACUGACUCCCUCCCUGGGCUCCUGUCCCCAGCUCCUGCGGGGACCUGGCUGUCACCACCCUGCAUCCCUCCAGGGCUUCGCCGC